CCCCCCCCCCCCCGGCUGUGCCCUUUAAGGGGGGCCUGCAGACGUGGCGGGGCCUUGCAUCACCAUGGACAGCUCCCACGGUGCCCUGGCACACAGGACAAAUACGCAAGCGAGUUCUGGAAGUCCUUGCAGCAGGAUGACCACCUCACAAGCCUGACUGGCACAGAGUGAGGAAUGUGACCCCCCCCCCCAGGUCUUCAGUGCGACCCCUGGCAUAAGCCAGUGGGACUUUAUGACAACACCUGAUACCGCGCCCACCUUGUGGCAGAUGUGCCCCCACACUCAAUGGUGCAGGUGCCACUCCCGUCUAAGGUGAGGGGACAUUGCAGUUUGUGACAAAGAAGGACUGCUGGUACCAGCAUUUCUCUCUUACUGUUAGUGGGUUCAGAACACUUGCCAACCAGGUGCCCGCGCCUCUCCUGCUGUCCACACUGGUCCAGGGUGGUACCAUUCUGUAAUUUGCUUGGCUCUUGUAGCCCUCAGCCUUGCAAGGUGCCCGAUGGCUCUUACAGUUAGGACCCUGGCACCCGCUGGCGUGAGGGGUUCUGUCUGAUACUGGACACGGGUGAGGAGGCUCGCACACAGCCAGGUGAUGUUGGGACCCCCACACUUGUGUUCCUUUUGCUUUCCAUGAAUGGGGGGCUUUGGCACUCUCCCGAGCCCUCUGGACCUCACGCCUGCCAGCCCACCCAUUUAUUUAUUUUUGGUUGUUUUUUUUUUUAACUUUGAAGGACACUCUGCCAGUCACUGCCCAGCCUGGCGUGCCCCUCACCUAUGCGCCUCGCUGAGCUUUCGGCCAGGCGCAUCUCUCGCUCGCCCCCCGUACACUCGCACGUCCCGGGCUGCAUGGGCACAGCCUGCCAGUGGCCGCCGCACUUUGCCCCGUGUUUUCCCAGGCCCGCCGUCGCUGAUCAAACAUUGCAUCAUGUUGGCAGUCCACGUGCGGCCCCUGGCUGCCCCAUGCCGGCUUUUUUUAUUUUUUUUUUUUGGAAGCCACCGAGCCGAUCGCCGCGCAGCGCCCGUCUUCCUCCGCCCGUCACCCGCCGUGACCCGGUGCGCGAGCUGAGAUGCUCAUUGGUCACCACGCUUGUCUUGGAUUACGAGCUUCGGCGGGGCGGUCGCCACUUUCAAGCACGCAGCGCUUCGCGGUGUCGACUCCAAGAUGCGGACGGUCCUCGGCUGGGCUCUCGCCUUCCUCCUCCUCUUCCUCGUCCUCCUCUUCCUCGGGGCCCGCGGAGAGCCGGGGGGCUGCGCGUCCUGCGGCACGACCGGCCUGGCCCGAGGAGAGCAGGAGCAGGUGCUGAUCGAGAUGGCCAAGCAGCACAUCCUGAGCAAGCUGCACCUGAGCGAGCGGCCGAACAUCACCCAGCCCGUGCCCAGGGCCACCCUGAUCAAUGCCCUGCGCAAGCUGCACGCCGGCCGGCUGCGCAAGGACGGCACCCUGGAGCUGGAGAAGCCGGCCAGCCGCCUGAGGGAGCGCGGCUACGAGAUGGUCAGCUUCGCCGACACGGAUUUCAGCGACACAUCCAAGUCUGGCCUGGCAUUCCAGUUCUCAAAGGAGGCAGAUGCCAACUUCCAGGUUCUCAAGUCCACCCUGUGGCUCUACUUCAGAUCUUCGGAGACGAUUAAGAAGAAGGUCACUGCCCGGCUCUUCCUGGCCAGCACUGGCAGCUCCAACCGGACUUUCAUCAGCCAAAAGAAGUUUGAGGUGGCACAGGGGAGCUGGCACACCUUUGUUGUCACCCAAGGAGUCCAGGCAUUUUUUGACCGGGGUGACAAGAGACUUCAGUUGGAGGUGGAGUGCCAGGGUUGCCAGAACCUCGCCGUCCUGGGCAGCCAGAGUGAGCCUUCUCGCCAGCCCUUCCUGGUGGCACAAGUGCGGCUCCGAGAGGAUGGGCACAACAUCCGCAAGCGCUCUCUGGAUUGUGAUGCCAAUGGCAGCGUUUGCUGCAAGAAUGACUUCUAUAUUAAGUUCCGGGACAUUGACUGGCAGGACUGGAUCAUUGCCCCUGAGGGCUACCACAUGAACUACUGCAUGGGGCAGUGCCCACAGCACCUGGCUGGCUCGCCUGGCAUUGCUUCAUCGUUUCACGCGGCCGUCCUCAACCAGCUGAAGGCCAAUGGCAUUCACACAGCCGUCAGCUCCUGCUGCGUGCCCACCCAGCGCCGGCCGCUCUCCAUGCUCUACUUCGACUCGACUCAGAACAUCGUCAAGACCGACAUCCCCGACAUGAUCGUAGAGGCCUGUGGGUGCACAUAAGCUGAGCGGGCAUGGGCACAGCUCUUAUUUAUACGUAGAUGAAAGUAGGGCGCACGUAGAAAACCACUAGGCUGCUCACCAGGCCCCAGCCGGCCAAGACAUGGGCAUGGAAUAGAUGCCCGGCCCUUGUAGUUUGCUUCAUUUUAAUGACAUGUGCCAAUUGAGGACUUUUUAGACUGAGUGCUCGCUUUAAGCAGUACUGGUGCCCUCUGCCCUUCACUCAGGGGCUGACAGGGGCAGAGGGCAUGGGCUCCAAGGCUCUCAUCAGGUGAUUAUAGGGGACCAGCCAAGGUGUGUGGGGUUCUUGGCAGGUGCCAGGGCAUGAGUGUAUGACAGUGUAAUUAAGGCACAUCCAUGUGGGUGGGUGGCACAGACUUGGCAGAAGGUCCCCAAGUUUUGAGGCCAUGAGGGUCAGUCAAGGGGUCCAGUAGAUCUCAGUGCAGGGCCCAGUAAAGUGUAAGAGCAAAGGGGCUGGCUGGGUAUGGUGUGGCACAGUGCCCAUGUUGUGUGCGUUACACAAAAGCUGGACAGCUGCGAGGAGCUCCCGUUUUGGGCAGGGUGAAGCAACGUGAGCCGCGGUGUUGCAGUGCCGCGGGAAGCCGACCUCUGCGCCAUUACUCAACCACAUGUACAAACACCUGGCGCCUUUCCUAACGGUAGCAAAUGUGAAGGUCAGCGGCUCUGGACAUGAGGCUGGCAUGGGGCACAGAGAUGGAGCACUCACUUGAGGAGCCAUCAUCCCAGAACGCCACGCCAGCUCCGCUUCAUUGUGCCACACUCCUGGCCUCCUGUGGCACUCCUACGACUAAGCCUCUUGGUGCCCACCUUUUCUUCACGUUGUCUGUAUUAGCACCACGUCCACUGGGCACACGCUCUGGACGAUGAUGCCUGCCAUAUUCUGUUUUUAAUGGAAAAUAAAUCUUAUUUUGUCUGUA